AUGUUCUCAGCACGAAGUCUGGCGCGCACUGCGCCCCGGGCCGUCGCACGCCUUUCUUCAGUCGCCAGACCCGCCUCAGCCAGACACAGCGCUCUUCUGCGCGACCAAUGCAGAACUUUGCGACCGCAGGUCUCUGCCUUCUCGACCUCCCUGCUCCGGCGGGCCGCUUCUGGGGUCGACAGUGAGCUGAGCGCGAAACUGAGCAGCGAGAUCUCGUUCGAGGCCGAGAUGAAGGAGAACGAGCCGCAACCAGUCAGCAUCAAGGACUUCCUGGACAACAGCCCAUUCGAGAUCCAGGACAUCCCCGGCGCGCAGAACGUCGUGCUCACACGCACAUACAAGAACGAGAAGAUCACCGUGACCUUCUCAAUUGCCGACAUCGCCAACAUGGAGAACGAGAUGUUCGACGAGGACUCUGCCCUCGGCGACGAGGAGGGCGCCCGCUCCCAGGAGAACGAGGAGAUCGACGACGCCGACACAGGCAACGAGCCCAACGUGACGUGCCGCCUCAACAUUGUCGUCGAGAAGCCCGGCAAGGGCGCCGUGAACAUCGACGCCAUCGCCCAGGACGCCAGCAUCAUCGUCGAGAACCUGUACUACUACAACGACCCCGCCGUCGCCCACGCUGCGAGCCCCGAGGCCGAGCACAAGGGCCGCGACAUCUACCCGGGCCCGCCAUUCGGCACCCUGGACGAGGACCUACAGCUCCUGAUGGAGAGUUACCUGGAUGAGCGUGGAAUCAACUCCACCCUGGCCGUCUUUGUGCCCGACUACAUGGACGUGAAGGAGCAGCGGGAGUACCUGGCCUGGUUGAACAAUGUCAAGGGUUUUGUGGAUGCGUAA